AUGAUUGAAGCCAUUAAGGAUGUUUUACACAUUUCUGAGAAUGUACGUGAACUGGUGGAGGAAUCUUAUUUUACAGAAAGAGUCUUCUGUAAUCGCACAUUUGACAUGUAUGUAUGCUGGGGGGACGCCGCUGCUAACACAACACAUGCAGAGCCGUGUCCAUCUUACCUGCCCUGGUACCCUCAAGUAAAAGAUGGCUUUGUGUUCCGGCGCUGUGGCCCAGAUGGUCAGUGGGUCCAGGAUGAGACAGACCUGCCAUGGAGAGACCACUCUCAGUGUGAGAAUGUCGACCCAGAACAGGAGCAGUCAGAGAGUCAGGCCUGGAUCCUGUCCCAGCUACGGGUGAUGUACAGCGUGGGGUAUGGCAUCUCGCUGGCUGCGCUCAUUGUGGCGCUGUGUAUCCUCACGCAGCUGAGGCGUCUGCGCUGCACCCGGAAUCUGAUCCACUGCAAUCUGUUUGCAUCAUUCAUCCUGCGCGCUGUAUCGCUGCUGUCACGCGACGCUCUGCAGUGGGGCCAGCACAGUAUGAUACAUGGAGAGGAGGAUGUGACUGCCCUGCUAAGAGAGAGGACACUGGUAGGUUGUCGUGUGGCUCAGACCAUCACACAGUACUGUGUAGCUGCUAAUUACUACUGGCUGCUGGUGGAAGGACUGUACUUACACAACCUUCUGCUCAUGCUGUCCUUCUCAGAAGAAGCUGCGCUGCCACGAUACGCGGUGCUGGGCUGGGGUGCCCCUGUUCUGUUUGUGAUCCCGUGGGUGGUUGUGAGACAGCUCUAUGAAAACACACAAUGUUGGCAGAGAAAUGACAACCGUUCCUAUUGGUGGAUAAUUCGCACUCCCAUCCUCCUGGCCGUGCUGGUGAACUUUAUCAUCUUCCUGCGUAUUCUGCGCAUCCUGGUACUGAAACUCAGAGCAAAUCAGAUGAGGAGGAGUGACCGCAAGUAUAGGUUGGCCAAGUCGACGUUGACCCUGAUUCCACUUCUUGGGAUCCAUGAAGCCGUCUUUAACCUGAUACCGGAGGAGAGUGCGAGGGGUCGGAUCAGAUACAGUAAACUGGGGCUGGAGUUAUUGCUCAGCUCCUUCCAUGGGCUGCUGGUCGCCGUCCUGUACUGUAUCUGCAACAAGGAGGUUCAAGCGGAGCUGCGCCGGAAGAUACAGGACACCUUCAGCGGCAGACACCCCACCUGCGGCCCCCGGUCCCUGCGCCCCCCUCCUAGGAGAACCUGCGGCGCGGAAGAUCUGAUGUCUGACAGUUCCGAGGCCGCCCACCCGGAGCUCCGGACCAGCCAGUGUUAAUCUCCCCCCCCCCACUUAUUAUUAUUGUCUAUUUAUUUAUUUAUAGCUUGUCACA